AAACACCUCUUCACCCACCCCCACCAAAAAGACUUCUAAAAUUUAACCCCAUAAAAACCUAUGACCACCAUUUUCAUAGAGAAACUACACUUUUCUCUUUAUCAAUCAUCUCUCUCUAUCUAUCUACACUCACAGUCAUAUAUCAUUCAUAUUUGUGUGUAUAUAUAUAACUAGAGAGAAAUCUAGAGAGAGAGAGAGAGAGAGAGAGAGAGAGAGAGAGAGACUUUAGAGAUAUAGAAAUGGAAGUAGAGGAAAUCAAGAGGAGCAAUAGCAUAAGCAACAGGGAUGGUGGCUGCAAUGGCGGCAGUGGUGGUGAUGGGCACGAGCAACACACGUGCAACAGAUCAUUCGGAAAGAAGUGUAGCCAUAUAGCAAAGAAACAAAGGGCUAAAUUCUAUAUAGUAAGGAGAUGCAUAGCCAUGCUUGUAUGUUGGCAUGAGAAGGAAAAAUAGCAAACUCCUCUCCCAUCUUCCUUCCCCCAGGCAAAGAUAAUGCAUAUUUCUGUAUCUUUAAACUUAUACUAGUAUUUUUUUUUUCCUUUUCAUUAGAAAUUAUUUUGUCCCACCAUGUUCCUUUACUAUUCACAAAUUGACCAAAAACUAUACUCAUUGAUUUCUUAUAAAUUUCAGAUCUGUUUAAUGUA